AUUUGUCCGUAAGGAGAUUCGUGCUGCCUUAGAUCCAAAGGUCAAAAAGACAGAACCAACCAAAACUUCCCAUGCUUCACAGGGCCCAAAUAAAUCGGUGGUUAAGGCACCGAUGAGUGUGAUGAAGGCAUCUAAAAAGAUGUCUACAAAGAAAGUCUUCAAGUCUGGAACAAGAAAGUCUUCAAGGCUGAAGAAUAUAAUGACAUCAGUUGCUGAGAUUACUCAGCUUUCUGAUGGUAACUCUUCCUCUGAGGAAGAUGACCAGGAUGAAGCCAACAAUGAAGGUGGUUUUUCUGUAAAUGAUGGAGGAGAUUUUUCGAACAGAGACGAAGGUAUGGUUGACACUGGAGUAGCUAACAUUUCAGUUGGUGGACCUACACCUUCCCAUCAGGAUGAAGGAGCACGUGAUGGUGGUGAGUCUGUCCUUGUUGGUACACAGUCAGGGACCGAGGAAAAAGCUAGUGCUGACACAGAGAUGGAAGAAAUUCCAUCUCCUGUACCUUCAACCUCUGUACAGGAUAAAGGACCAAUUGAUGGUGGUGAGCCUGUCGUAGUUGGUACACAGCGAGGGACAGAUGAAAAACCAACUGCUGACACAGAGAUGGUAGAAAAUCCAUCAUGUUUACCUGCAACAUCUGGACAGGUAUAUGGUCUGCUAAUAGUCAAAUGUAGUUUUCCAUAUGUGUACUCACAUAAAGCUUAAGACGUGUAUGGUAUAUUUGUUUCAGGGAGAAGAACAUGGUGCCGGUCUUGAGAGUGAAGCAAAUGUUGGGGAGCAACCAGAAAUUUCUGAGGAUAAUGAUAGAGAUACAUCUUCUCAGGCUGAACACACCGAGGAACCCGGUGUAAGUGUACGUACAUUUGUCUUUCUUAUUUCCCGUGUACGUAUAAGUAAUGAUUGUUUCAGACAUCACAAAAUAGAGUAUAUAGCCGAUGAAGUUGAUAACU